CCCUUACAUCCUAUUGCCCCGAGACUCAGACUGCAGAAGUAGAGGAUUCUCGCUCUCGCCGGUCGCCAACAGGAUUAUCUGUCUCCGUCCGUCACUCCGGCAGUAGCCGGCUGUGGUUCAGGAUUAUCUGUGGUGUCUCCUGGUUAGCAAAUGGAUGUUGCUAAUGAAUUGGGUUACAAACCUCCUUCUGAUUUUGUGGAGGAUAAAAGAGAUCCACUUGUUGAACUUAAAUUAACGGAUUCAACUGAGCUCUGGCUCAUCCAAUGGCCCCAAAAUCAUUCUUCAGAUUUUGAUGGGCAAGUGUCACUGAAACUUGAUAAUGAGGGGCAUUUAGGCAGCUUUGAGAGUUCUUCUGGAAAAUCUUAUGAUGUUUUCAAUUUAAAAGCCCAGGAUCCAGUUGGAACGGUAUUUCUAUCUUCUGCAUCAGAGGCAAAAGCUGUUGGAAAGAUUUCGCGCCAUGUUUCUUUUAUUCACUAUCCAGAGCCUAGUGAAUUUCAGAAACACAACAAAAUGAGUUUGAAGGAGAUAGCUCAGAGGUCUUCAACGAUGACAAAGACAAGUUCAGUUUUCCAUUCUUCAAGUGCUACUAAAAGUAGUAAGCAUAGAAGUUCACAAUCUACGAGUAUCUACACUACCAACACUCCUAGUAGCCAACAGAAAAGUUCCAAAUCCAAAUUGGGUGAGCCAUCUAAGACUCCAAAGAAAAGAAGCCACGGUGAGUCUUCAAAGUCCAUGGACCAGUCUGUGCAGGAUUCUGGCAGAGCCAACAGUGCAGUUACCAGUUCUGGAUCAGCGGGGCAUUCUCAAGAAAGAAAAGCAAAAAAGUCGAGGGCUAAUUGAAUCUUCAAACUGUUAUAGCAGCUUCCAUUUAUCAGAUCUUGUUUCAAUCUUGAUGCACAAUUUUGAGGAAGAUCAUACGGAAUAUUAAAAUGACUCACCGGUUUGUCUAGAUUAUUAUGUAGAGCUUUGAGAAUGCAAUUAACUUUCAGUUCUUGUGGUGUUGAGUAUCGAGUAAUGAUCUUGAGAGAUUUUUUAUGCUUUGGUACCUUGGAUUUUGUUUACACAAGACUUUGAUUCUAACUUCAAGUUGAAGAAUAUAAAUUAGGGAUUUAUUGGUUA